CCCAUUCAACUGAGUCAGUUAUAGAUCUGACUCGUUUUAGACCACAAACUUCUUAUCUAGAAAAAAGGAAAUCUCGAUCUCUCAUAAACUUAUCUCUUUUUCUUUCCUUACUCUCUCUCAUUGUUUAUUUCUGCAAACUUUCUCAGGCAAUAUCAAUUCUCAUCGAAAAAUUGUAUCAUCGAAUUGAUAUACAGCAUUGUAAUUCACAACAAAUUAUGAGGUAGUCAGGGUCUUUAUUCCGCGACAAAUUUAUUAAGCUUUUAACUCUAACUUGAGAGGAUUUAUGAAGUGAAGAAACAAUGAUUUGAUUUCAGAACUCAACAGAUCAACAAUCUCAUAAGAUGUUUCGACAUCGUGUAACUACUCCAAGUAAAUAAUGGAUGACUGCACCCAAGGGUUCACCUCGAUGGAUUAAAGGUGUUCAAUCUUUCAUCCAAUUUACAGAAGAGAGUCUUGGUGUAGGUAUCAAAGAAUUUCGAUGUCCUUGCAUGAAAUGUAAGAAUUUUGGUAGUUUACCAAAAUCUCUAGAUGAUGUACAUGGGGAUAUCCUUGAUAAUGGGUUCUUACUGUCAUUCCGAAUAUGGAUCCAUCAUGGAGAGCAAGCUCGGGUGAAUAAUGUUAAUGCUCCCACCUUACCUGCAAAUAAUGUUGUGAAUUAUGCUGCUGUGUCUCAUUCGAAAAUAUAUGACUUGUUCAAUGAGGCGCAUGGAGGUGUACUUGGUCUUGAUACCGCUGCAGAAUGUCUUAAUGAUCCUGAUCACCUGCCGGUUGCUACUGUUGAAGAUUUUUCUGGUGUCAAUGUUCAAGAUAAGGCUACUGUCGAUUGCAAGAAGAGGUUGAAGGAUGCAAUGCAACCCUUAUUUCCAGGUUGUGGUGAUGAACAUACAAAACUGUCAGCAACAGUUGAGUUGUUAAGUAUGCAGGCAAGGUAUCAAUGUUCUGAUGUUUUCAUGACAGAGUUAUUGGGAUAUAUGAAAACUAUUCUACCAGCUGGGAACACGUUACCAUCUACUUGUAGUAAAUCUAAGCAGAUGAUCAACCCAUUUCAGUUGCCGGUGCAAAUUAUUCAUGCUUGUAUUAACAAUUGUAUUCUCUAUUGCAAGGAGUAUGCCAAUGAUGAUAAGUGUCCUAAAUGUGGUGAAAGUAGAUGGCAAAAACCACCAGAAGGGAGUAGUCCAACUGCUAAAAAGGUUUCGGUGAAGAGACUAAGGUAUUUUCCGGUCACAGAAAGGUUACAACGGAUGUAUGGCACCGCGUGGAUUGCUGAGUUGAUGACAUGGUAUGCUAAGGUUCAAGAAAGUGCUACACACAUGAGACAUCCGGUGGAUUCUGCACAGUGGAAGGAGAUUGAUAAGAAGUGGCCUGAGUUUGCUUCAGAAAAAAGAAAUGUUCAUCUAGGAUUAACAACAGAUGGUUUUAAUCCUUUUGGAAUGAUGAGCACGCACAUUACUUGGCCUGUUAUGAUUGUUUGUUACAACCUUCCACCAUCUGAAUGCACGACAAAGGAUUUCACAAUGUUAACCCUGCUGAUUCCUGGUCCACUUGGUCCCAACCAUAACAUUGAUGUUUAUUUGCAGCCACUGAUCGACGAGUUAAAUGAGUUAUGGUCACUUGGAGCAAUAACCUACGAUGCACAUACGAAGACUGACUUUACAAUGAGAGCAAUGUUGUUGUGGUGUAUACAUGACUUUCCUGCGUAUGCGCAUGUUUCUGGUUUGCGAACUUCUGGAAAACAUGGUUGUCCUGUGUGUGGAGAAAAUACAGAGGCAUUUUGGCUAAAAUGCGGUUCCAAAUUUUCUUAUAUGGGUCAUAGAAGGUUUCUAAGAGAUCGGUUUCACCCUUAUAGAAAGAAAACAUCCCAAUUCAACGGAAGAGAGGAUUUAAGGGUUGCACCAAGACGUUUGAGUGGCGGUGAACUGUUCCACAAGACAGCAACUGCAGAUAAAUAAUUUGGGAAGUUGGUAAAGCGGCCUGCCGUUGAUUCUCCUUGGUCAAAGAGGUCAAUCUUUUUUCAGCUCCCGUAUUGGAAGUUUCUACAAAUCCGGCACAAUGUGGAUGUCAUGCAUGUAGAAUAGAAUUUUGCAGAGAAUCUGUUUGGAACUUUUAUGUGCCAUAAAGAUAAGUCUAAGGAUGGGGCUCCAGCGCGAAGAGAUUUAAAAAUGCUAAACUUAAAGCCUAGCCUGUGGUUGAUGGAAAGGAAUGGAAGAGACAUACUCCCUCCUGCACCUUAUUGGAUGUCUAAGAAAGAAAGGGAAGUUAUUUGUAAAACUUUCAGCACACUUAAAGUUCCAAUUGGUUACAGUGGGAAUUGGAAAAAAAAAGUAUGCUUGAAAGAGUUCCAAUUGAAGGAUCUAAAGUCGCACGACUAUCACAUCCUUAUGCAGGGUUUAAUGCCUAUUUUUUUAAUGCAUUGUUUCAAAAAACAGAAACCUUUGCGCGAGGCAGUUAGAAACUUGUCGUUGUUUUUCAAAGUCAUUACCUCUAAGGUUAUUGAACGUGCUGAGCUUCGUGUAAUGCAUGAUCGUGUCGUGGAGUCCUUAUGCGUGUUUACCAAUUGGAGUCCUUAUUCUUUUGCUUUAUUCUUUUAUCAACUCAGUAAACUUACAAAUACUUGUUUACCAAUUGUAUGUGCAGGAUGAUGAGAGUCUACAAGGUUCUUGGUCGCAACAAGAAUUAUAUAGAAGACUCUAUUACAAGACAGCAUGACGUUAAUGAAGGAGCGCGCCGUUGCGGCGAGAUCCUUCCCGAUGCGAAGCGAAAGUUUUUUAAGUGUCGUGGAAAGAUAGAGAAGCCCUGUGAUGCUUAUGAAGGUCCAUACCCAGUUGGUUCGCAAGGAAAAUCAUGUUCAUUAACCAACUUACAGUAUGAACAAAUUCGUUUGUGGAUAUUGAGACACGCAGAUGAAAAUACUGAAUGGGAAGCGAAAUACGCUAUAUAUCUUCGCAACUUUAACCAAAGUCGUAUGGGAAGGAUGAAGUGUUUGGACUACAUUCCGUGGCUACAAGAACAACUUGAAGGCAAUUCCAUGACAGAUUUCCGUAGGCUGGCAAUUGGUCCUUCCUUUUCGGCAGUUUCGUAUAAUGCAUACUUUAUUAAUGGAUAUCUUUUCUAUACAACUGAUGCAGAAAAAGGUUUUAGUACACAAAAUAGUGGAGUUACCAUGGAUGCUUGUACCAGUUUCAGAGCAAGUUUGAGAGAUACUAACCUUGUCGAUGAUGAUACUACAUACUACGGAAUUCUGCAAGAUAUAUUUGAAGUGGACUAUGGAGUUUUCACAGAAUUUGUUUUUAACUGUCAUUGGGUGCGAAUGGAAGACAAAGUAAAGGGAUCAUAUGUAGAUCGAGAUACAAACUCAAGGUUUGUCAACUUCGAAAGGUUUAUGAGGAGCUCAAGAGAAGCCGACGAGCCAUUCAUCCAUGCUUCUCAAGCUAGACAAGUUUUUUACUGCCAAGAUGUGACAAGGAAGCAUUGGAAUUUGGUUUUGGAAUCUCCAAUAAGAUCACACCCCAAUAAGAACGCUUAUGAAGAUCUAUUUGUCUUUACUGGAGUCGCGAAUGAAGCUCCAUCAAUUUCGACAACUGUUGGAGAUGAUGAGUAUUGGAAUGGAGAUGCUCAGGCCAAUGAUGAGUAUUGGGAUCAAUAUGCUGAGGAAAUUACCUGAAUGUGGAUUGUGGCAUAUAUGCAAUCAUGUAGACAGUUACACCUAAUUACAGAAAGGUACGCCAUUAUGAAGUAGAAAUAACUUCUUCAUCAUCAUCGGAUUUUAUAAUUUUGCUGUUUAAUCAAUAUUAGUUCAUCGUUUUGUAAUAGAAUCCUAGAACUACAUAUUACACUGGUCAGAACUACAUAUUUAAUCCUUUGUGUAAUUUGAAACCAAUGAAUCAAUGAAUGUUAAAUUGAAUCUUUAUUUGUGUGCAAGUGUAAUUUGAUUCUCAUUUUUAUUUGAUU